AUGGUACAGCAUUUCAAGUAUAAUAGUUUACAGAAGCUGAUCGCUAAAAAAUGUGUUGGCCCACGUGGAGGGAUGCCGAAGAAAGAAUCAGUUACAACAACUGACGGAGGAAGGCAUGAUAAAAUAUUAUCUGAGAAUUCGCAGCUCAUCCAGCAUCAUCAACCAUUUCCAUCUUCCGAUUCCGAUGAGAGACUAAAAACAGCAGUUGAAAUGGAUAGAAGUGAUUUAGAUAAGAAACUGGUAACAGCAAACCAUUCAAGCAAAUCAACAUUUACAACAAGUUCUAUCAGUCCUUACAGACGAUCAUUGUCACCGGAUACCAUGCUACAGGUUUUUGGAAUGAAAAAUAUGAUUGUUACGCGCGCAUCAAAUGAUACUUUGGUACAGUAUUGGUGGGAUUUAACACCUGAUAACAUUCAUACAAUUGUGAUCAAUUAUCUCUAUGAUAGCGAUAAUAGGCGAUGCGAUCAGUGCUGGAGAUUUGUGGAGAAUAAAUUGGGCAUUUCACGUUUGGUAGUAUUUUACAUAUUAAUCGGAGCAUACUUUUUAUACAUUCUAAGUGGCGAUUUGGCAAAACUUCUAUAUUAUAUUAUGGGUAUUGCAUAUCCUAUGUAUAAAACAUAUAUUACAUUUGAAAAUCGUGGACUUAAUGCAUGUAGAAGUUGGCUUAGAUAUUGGAUUGUUUUUGGUUGGUUAGCAUUAUUGGAUGUAUUUUUUCAUCGUUAUCUAAAAUAUUGGACAGUAUAUUGGUCGAUUAAAAUUAUUAUUACCAUUUAUUUAUUGAUACCAUUAGUUAAAGGAGCUGAUUUAAUCUAUCGUGAUUUCAUUAAAAAUUUUAAUAAAAAUAUCGAACAGAAUAUUCAACUUAUUAUUGGAAAAUGA